AUGUCUUCUCCCACAUUUUCUUCCCCUGCCACCAUUUUUAUGUUCUUCUGUUUCUUCUUUAUCAAUUUACCCUUCUCCAAUUCUCUGCUCAAGUACCCAUUGAUCAACGCAACCGCCCGGCGGGCGCCUCGACAACUCUCCGUUAAUUAUUAUGCCAAAUCAUGCCCUCAAGUUGAAUCUCUCGUUGGCUCUGUAACCUCCAACAUGUUCAAAGAAGCCCCUGCCUCUGGUCCUGCUACCAUUCGCCUUUUUUUCCAUGAUUGCUUUGUUGAAGGGUGUGAUGGGUCAAUAUUGAUAUCAAGUAAAGCAGGAAGCAAAGAAUUAGCAGAGAAAGAUGCAGAAGAUAACAAGGAUAUAGCUAAAGAGGCAUUUGAGGGCAUAAAUAAAGCCAAAGCUAUUGUAGAAAGCAAGUGUCCUGGUGUUGUUUCUUGUGCAGACAUUCUUGCCAUUGCUACCAGAAAUUUUGUCCACUUAGUUGGAGGACCCUAUUAUGAAGUGAAGAAAGGAAGAUGGGAUGGAAAGUUAUCAAAGGCAUCAAGGGUGCACCAAAAUCUUCCACAAUCAAAUUCAACAGUGGACCAACUUUUAAAACUAUUUUCCUCUAAAGGACUUACCUCAGAGGACCUUGUGGUCCUCUCAGGUGCACACACAAUAGGUUUUGCACAUUGCAAGCAAUUUGUGAACAGAAUUUAUAACUACAAGGGGACCAAGAAACCUGACCCUUACAUGGAUCCUAGGCUUUUCAAGGCCCUAAAAAUGUCAUGUCCACAAUUUGGUGGAAAUGUUGAUAUUGUAGCACCAUUUGAUGUGACAACACCUUUCUCAUUUGACAAUGCUUAUUAUGGGAACUUAGAGGCUAAAUUGGGAUUAUUGGCUUCUGAUCAAGCUUUAUCUUUGGACCCUAGGACUAAGCCAUUGGUACAAGAAUUGGCUAAGGAUAAACAUAAGUUUUUUCAAGCUUUUGCUGAUGCUAUGGAGAAAAUGGGAGGUAUUGGGGUCAAAAGGGGAAGAAAGCAUGGGGAAUUUAGAAAAGAUUGCACUAUGCAUCAUAUGUGAUUUUUGUGUUAUUGGAUAUUUGAUUUUUCACCUAAUUAUUUAUUUUUAUUAUUUGUUA